AUGCCGAGUAUUUAUAACGCUCUCAUAGUUCAAGGUCGAGAUAGUGUUGGUCAACCAAUUAAUGUGGCUUGUGAUGUACAACAAUUAUUAGGAAAUAAUCGAGUUAGAGUUAUAGCUAUGAGUGCUACAGGCGGUUUAACGAGAGGAAUGGAAGUGAUUGACACAGGAGCUUCUAUAAGAAUUAAAGUAGUAGAUCUUUUAGCCCCUUAUCGCCGUGGAGGAAAAAUCAUACUAUUCGGGAGAGCUGGAGUGGGUAAAACAAUACUCAUUAUGGAAUUGAUUAACAAUAUUGCUAAAGCUCACAGGGGCGUAACGGUAUUUGGCAGAGUGGAUGAACAUACUUGGGAAGGAAAUGAUCUUUACAUGGAAAUGAAAGAAUCUGGAGUGAUUAAUGAAGAAAAUAUUAUAGAAUCAAAAGUGGCCCUAGUUUACGGUCAGAUGAAUGAACCACCAGGAGCUCAUAUGAGAGUUGGCUCCGAAGUAUCGACCUUAUUGGAUAGAAUAUCUUCCACUGUGGGUUAUCAACCGACCUUAAGUACUGAAAUGGAUUCUUUACAAGAAAGAAUUAAUUCUACCAAAGAAGGGUCCAUAACCUCUAUUCAAGCAGUUUAUGUACCCGCAGAUGAUUUGACCGACCUUGCUUCUGCUACGACAUUUGCACAUUUAUAUGCUACUACCGUACUAUCAAGAGGAUUGGCUGCCAAAGGUAUUUAUCUAGCAGUAGAUCCUUUAGAUUCAACGUCAACCAUGCUUCAACCUCGGAUCGUUGGUGAGGAACAUUAUGAAACCACCCAAUGA